AUGAGUGAUGUACCAAGAGAUUUGCAACAAAUAGUCCGCAAGCCGAAGGGAAACGACUGCACUACAGAUAAGAUAGAAGAAAAGGCAUUUCCAGAACCAUACAGGGAACUGCUUUUUUGCAGAUGUGCACCCCAUCCUAGCGGUGCGCAAGGGUACUGGAAUGGUCAGCAUCUAGAAACGUCAGGUAGUGGAAGUCCCUCUUUUGUCGUUGAGGCACUCUCUGACGAAAAGAGCCUCUGCGCUUGCAACCCCUUUAAUGAGCUUCAUCUAUCAACGGACCACGGAGACGAUAGCGAUGAUACGGAUGAAACAGAAUUUGGGGUGUCUUCGCAGCCACACAUGCCGGAUCCUUCGGGAGGAAUGCCCGAUCGCGAAAGACUUGCUGAGGAGCAGGAACCCUUGCAACUCCCUGAGGCGGACUCGGGCGCUUUCUUAGAUCGGCCCUCUUUGCAGAAGCCUAUGCUGUGA